UGGUGGUGACGCGGUGUCGGGAGCUGGGGCCGCGCGCUGUCCCCAGAGUGAGGGGACCCGGCGGGCAAGCGGGCGCGUGGGCCUGGCCCACGCUCCGUCCUCGGCGGUGCCUCUGCCGGCCGUCCCCUCCCCGGGGCCCCGAGAAGGCGAGCCAGGCCGCGCUCGAGGGCCCGGCGUGAGGAGGGGGCAUGGCCAGCGUCCCCCAGCUGGUGGACGACCUGUGCGAGGCCCUCCUGCCGGCCGCGAAGGCUCACUAUGGCCAGCGCCGCGGGAGCCGCAAGAAGGCCAAGCAGAGCCUCAAGAGGGUGGCCUACAACGUUCUGUUCACGAGCCUCUUUCAAGAUGAGACCCGCAAGCUGCAGCCCGGCCUCCCGAGACUCCCGGUGAAAAACAGGAUCCUCAUGCUGUCCUUCGACUUGCGAGUGAGCGGCCUGGGUGCCGAGGCCGACCGCCUGGAGGAGUUGGUGGAGGAGCUGGAGGCCGCGCAUCGCCGGCCGCUGGCGGAGCUGGGAUCCGUGCUGGACCUGCUGGUGCGGCUGGCGGGCAGCGGGCCCCCGCGCAUGCUGCGGCGCCGGCGGGACUUCUUCUUGCACAGCCGACCCGUCGGGAGAGACGUUCCCUACGGCGGCUACGACUGCGCCGACCUGAGCGGGUUGGAGGCGGACGUGCGGUCGCUCAUCUCCGGAGAGGAGUAUUUCUGUCGGGACCUGGUCCGGAAGACGCUGCAGGUGAUGGAGGCGGCGCCGGGCACCGGCCUGCCCGCCGUCGGGCUCUUCUCGUAUGGCGACCCCUGCGGGGACAGGUUUGAGAGGGACACCCGUGUCUCGCUCUUCGGAGCCCUGGUGCACAGCCGCACGGCCGACCUGGACGUCCGCCUGGACCUGCCCCCGGUGCCGGACAGCGCAGACCUCUCCGGACUGGCCAUCAAGGUCCCUUUGAGCGUGGAUCAGUCGGAAGAUGAAGGGUUCCAAUCAGCAUCCAAUCUGACUCCUGAUUCCCAGUCUGAGCCGGGCGUGACUCCAGACAUUGACUUGUGGGACGCUGUACUCACCUACGAGGCCAGCAAGCGGAGGUGCUGGGAGCAAGUUGGAUGCCCGCCUGGCCACCGAGAGGAGCCCUACCUCACCGAGGCUGGAAGGGCCGCCUUUGACAGGUCCUGCCGGCUCUGCCAAGCGGGGCUGCAGGUGCUGGGCGGGGGCCUCCUGCAGGCCCCGCAGCCCGUCCUGGUGAAGGAGUGCGAGCUGGUGAAGGACGCGCUCAACAUCCUGAUUGGGGUCGUGUCCGCCACGUUUUCCCUCUGCCAGCCAGCUCCGGCCUUCACAGUGAAGCAGGGCGUCCACGUCUCAGGAGCGUCCCCCGAGAGCGUCAGCGGCCUCCUCUCGGAGGUGGCCGAGUGUGGGACCCACUACGCGCGCCUGAGCCACUUCUCUCUGCAGCCUGUGCUGGACGCCUCGUGCAGUGAGGGCCUCGUGUUCCAGGCCUUCACCAGCGGCCUGAGGAGGUACCUGCAGUACUACCGGGCUUGUGUGCUCUCCACCCCGCCCACCCUGAGCCUCCUCACCAUCGGCUUUCUCUUCAGGAAACUGGGCCGGCAGCUCAGGUACCUGGCUGAGCUCUGCGGUGUCGGCACUGGACUCCUGGGCGCUGGGGGCGGAGCGCCCGGGGCUGCGUUCCCCACUGGGGUGAGGCUGCUCUCCUACCUGUACCAGGAGGCCCUGGAUAACUGCAGCAACGAGCACUACCCGGUCCUGCUGUCCCUGCUGAAGACCAGCUGCGAGCCCUACACGCGGUGGGGGCCGCAUGGGCUCGGGGUGCCUGCUCGGCGCGGGGAUCAGAGAUCGGGGCGGCGCGGGGAGGGCGGGAUGGGGGGUUCGGACUGUGGGCUCCGGGGCGCAGCUCUCUACCCCCGUGGGUGCCACCCGCCUCACCACUGGCCCGCCCGCCCUGGCAGGUUCAUCCACGACUGGGUGUACAGUGGGGUCUUCAGAGACGUUUACGGCGAGUUCAUGAUCCAGGUGAACCAUGAGUACUUGGGCUUCAGAGAUAAGUUUUACUGGACCCACGGCUACGUGCUCAUCUCCAAAGAGGUGGAGGACUGCGUCCCCGUGUUCCUGAGGCACGUUGCCCACGACGUGUACGUCUGCGGGAAGACCAUCAACCUGCUGAAGCUCUGCUGCCCCCGGCAUUACCUCUGCUGCUCCGAUGUCCCCGUCCCUCGCAUCUCGGUGAUAUUCUCCCUCGAGGAGCUGAAGGACAUCGAGAAGGACUGUGCCAUCUACGUGGGCCGGAUGGAGAGGGUGGCGCGCCACAGCUCCAUCAGCAAGGAGGAGAAGGAAUUACGAAUGGAAAUUGCAAAACAAGAAUUAAUUGUCCAGGCCCGGGAAGCUGCGUCCAGGGUCCUGAGCGCGCUCAGCGAUCGGCAGCUGUCUGAGCGGAUGGCCUUGGAUGCCCAGAAGCGAGAGCAGUUUCAGAGGCUGAAGGCGCAGUUUGUGAAGGACCGGGAGCGCCGCCGGGUGGCCAGGCAGGAGGAGCUGGAUGAUGACUUCAGCUACGCCCGCGAGCUCCGGGACCGGCAGAGGAGGCUGAAGGCCCUGGAGGAGCAGCUGGAGAGGAAGGCCAGGCAGGCGCUGGUGGAUCGUUACAGCCAGCUGUCCGCAGAGGCAGCUCGGCGGGAGCGGAAGGCGCUGUGGACGGUCCGGAGGCACAGAUUGGCCGGCGCUCGGCUUCGGUUUCUCUUGGAAGAUCAGAGACGCGUUCAGGAGCUGCUGGAAGACAUGGCUGAGGGGAAGCCCCUGGAGCCGCUGGCCGUCCUCCCGGGUGCCCGCUCCCAGGCUUCCUUUCUGGGCCCUGAGCUUCCAGACGGAGGUGGCAGCUGCGAUUCUGGGCGUGAGGAGCAGCACGAGGCUGCCCGGGACGGCCCCGACAGGCAGAGCGUGCCGACGCCGCAGCCCCUCGAGUCUCCAGCAGCGGGGGCCUGCGGCUCAGGGCCAGGCGCAGGCCCGCCGUCAGAGCAGGCGGAGGAGCCGGGGCCGUUCUCUGUGGGCCUCAGCAUCCAAGACUUCCUGCCCGCGGCCCAGGGGGCUGAGCAGCCUGUGCUCACCAGCGCGGCCCCCAUCCUGGACGAGGCGCUGCAGACCAUCGGCUUGGACCUGCCUCCCCUGGCUCCGUCCGCAGCAGCGGACACGGGGCCCUCCGGGCCACAGGAGUACGAUUUCAGAACCGUCCUGAGGCCGGCUGUGGCCGCCCCCGCUUCCCCAGGGGCCCUCCAGACUGCAGGAGGCAGCUUGGGCAGUGAGGGGCAGCGGCUGCGGGAGGACACUCACGUGCAGCCGGACACGUGUGUCCCAGAUGGGCGGGUGGCUCUGCCUCACACGCACCCCCCCCAGCACCCCUCCCACCAGGAGGAGAGCAGCCAGGCCACGGGGCAGCUCUGUGGGCAAGUGGCAGAGCCUGGUGUUCCCACAGAGGGUUAUGCUUCUGGAAUGGCUCUCUCCCGGCCACGGUGGAAUGUCCACGGACACGUGUCUGAUGCCAGCAUCAGGGUGGGGGAGAACGUGUGGGAUGUGACCCCCUCCCGGCCACGGUGGAACGUCCACGGACACGUGUCUGACGCCAGCAUCAGGGUGGGGGAGAACGUGUGGGAUGUGACCCCCUCCCGGCCACGGUGGAACGUCCACGGACACGUGUCUCAGUCCAGUGUGAUGCUGGGGGUGCUCUCAGGGGAAGCCGAGCCCAAUGUGCCUGGGCCCCCCCGGGCGCCCCCUGACCAUGGGUCCCAGUCAGGCCUCAGCUUGGGAGUCCAGAGCCCUGCCCGGGAACAGGAGCCACGGCUGCCUGCAGAGACGGCCUCAGGCGGCUCCGGUGCGCAAGUGGCUGGACCUGGCUCUGGCCGUGGGGAGGAGAGCAGCCUGCAGGCCGUGCUGUCUGCGGAGGCUGCACCCGCUGCUCUGGAAGAUGGUAUCCCUGAGGAGCCAGGCCCGGGGGCGAGUGGGGACUCCCAGGAUCUCUCUCCAAGUGGCCCUCCGAGCUCACAGGAGGGCGUGGACACCCGGAGCAGCCCAGGCCCUGGCGAGGAGGCGGCCCAGCGCUGGGACAGGGAGCAGGCCUACUUGGCGGGCCUGGCGGGGCAGUAUUGCCUGGAGCAGUACCCGGACAGCUACGAGGCCAUGUCAGAGCCUCCUGUCGCCCGUCUCCUGCACCACGGGCUUCCCCGAGCUUUCGCCGUCCCCGAGGACCCCGGGGCCCAGUCAGACGCGGACGAGAGCGCGGUGCAGCUGAGCGAGCUGCUGCCACUGCCCGUGCUCAUGAAGCACUCCAUCACGGCCCCGCUGGCUGCCCACGUCUCCCUGGUGAACAAGGCCGCGGUUGACUACUUCUUCGUGGAGCUGCACCUCGGGGCGCACUUCGAGGCGCUGCGGCACUUCCUGCUGAUGGAGGACGGGGAGUUUGCGCAGUCCCUCAGUGACCUGCUCUUUGAGAAGCUCGGGGCGGGACAGACGCCUGGGGAGCUCCUCAGCCCGCUGGUGCUCAACUCCGUGCUGAGCAAGGCCCUGCAGUACAGCCUGCACGGCGACACCCCGCACGCCGCCAACCUCUCCUUCGCCCUCAAGUUCCUGCCUGAGACGUUUGCCCCCAAUGCCCCGGACGUGCUGAGCUGUCUGGAGCUCAGGUACAAGGUUGACUGGCCCCUCAACAUCGUGGUCACCGAGGGCUGCUUGAGCAGGUACAGCGGCAUUUUCUCCUUCCUGUUGCAGUUGAAGCUCAUGAUGUGGACACUCAAGGAUGUCUGCUUCCACCUCAAGCGCACAGCACGGGUGAGCCACGCGGCCAGCUCGGUGCAGUUCCGCCAACUGCAGCUGUUCAAGCACGAGAUGCAGCACUUUGUGAAGGUCAUCCAGGGCUACAUCGCCAACCAGAUCCUGCAUGUCACCUGGUGUGAGUUCCAGGCCAGGCUGGCCUCGGUGGGUGACCUAGAGGAGAUCCAGCGUGCCCACGCCGAGUACCUGCACAAGGCUGUCUUCAGGGGCCUGCUGACAGAGAAGGCGGCGCCCGUCAUGAACAUCAUCCACAGCAUCUUCAGCCUGGUCCUCAAGUUCCGCAGCCAGCUCAUCUCCCAGCCCUGGGGCCCGGCCAGCGGCCCCUGCGGCCCCGAGCACCCCAGCUUCGCCCUCAUGCAGCAGUCCUACAGCACCUUCAAGUACUACUCCCACUUCCUCUUCAAAGUGGUGAGCAAGCUGGUGAACCGCGGCUACCAGCCCCACCUGGAGGACUUCCUGCUGCGCAUCAACUUCAACAACUACUACCAGGACGCCUGAGGCCUGUGUGGCGUGGCGGGUGCCUGGGCUGGAAUAAAGGUGCUGCCCGCCCCACUCGUGCCUCUCUCUACCGGGCGGGGGCGGGGCCGGGGC